AUGGCAUCCGACUCCGAUUAUUCGCCGGCGCAGCUACUUGAGCACGCCCAAACUGACGUACGAUUCCCCGUAGCAGAGCCGUUCCUUUCGGCUGUUCUCUCUCGCCCCCCUUUCAUAAACGUCGCCGGUACAUUCAACACCAGGGACGUCGGGUUGGUUCCGGGUACUCCUCUUCGGAAAGGCUAUGUGUUUCGCUCUGGAGCUCUCGAAAGCCUUGAUGAGGUCGGCAAACAGCAAAUUGCGGGUCAACUCGGUAUCAAGAAAAUAUUCGAUUUGAGAACGAGCCAUGAGCGAGAAAGGUAUCCGGAACCAGAUGUACCUGGUGUUGACAUAACGUGGAUCCCAAAUUCAUACAGCAACACUGUUGACAUCGACGACUUUGUUAGUGGGGGUGGCGAAGAAGGCUACUGCAAGAUGUACAUGGAUAUCAUGGAUAUAUACGCACCAACCAUGAAGACCGUCCUUGAACACGUCAGAGAUCGGCCACAGGAACCAUUCCUCUUCCACUGCGCGCUUGGCCGUGAUAGGACCGGUAUUCUUGCAGGCUUCCUAUUGUCCCUAGCUGGCGCUAAUGCGGAGACGAUUGCUCUGGACUACAUGAUCACCCGAAUUGGUUCGGAGCCCGUCCGUGAGCUUUUGCUUCAGCGGGCGAUAGAAGAGCACAAUUGCAACUUUGAUGUCCCUGUUUUUCACAAUCUUUGCAGUCUCCGAUUAUCGACCUGGCAACUAUUCGCAAUGCAUGUGGAAGCUAAAUACGGAGGUUUUGAGAAGUACGCCAUGGUCAGACUUGGAUUUUCUCGGGACGAAGUGGAACGAAUCGCUGGCCACUUGAGAGCAUAG